AUUAUCAGUCCUCUUCGCACCGGGGUUUCAUCGUUUCCUGUGAUCGAACUCUCUCUUUCUCUAAAGUCUGUCUGGUUCUCUCUGUUAUUGUUUAUUGGUGAUCGGUGGAGGUUGAGUAAUGGCGACGCCGAAGGAACACGUAGAGGAGAUACGGAGAACGAAAUUCUCUAUCGGUGGAGAACCGAAUCCGCUGACUGAAGAUCUCCAUCAGGCUGUUAAGAAUCUCUCUGCUGAACUCUACGCCAAAGAUGUUCACUUUCUCAUGGAACUCAUCCAGAAUGCUGAGGAUAACGAGUAUUUGGAAGGGGUUGAACCAUCGCUCGAGUUUGUGAUUACUUCCAGGGACAUAACGGCCACUGGAGCUUUGGCCACAUUGCUCGUAUUCAACAACGAGAAAGGUUUUUCCCCAAAGAACAUCGAGUCCAUCUGCAGUGUUGGGCGCUCUACCAAGAAAGGCCUCCGCAAACGUGGUUAUAUUGGCGAGAAAGGCAUGUCAAUCACUAUCCAUUUUUGA